AUGGACAACGAACUUGUGGACAGCGCGUUCACUGCAGACCCAGGAGGGGCAGGGGAGCAUGAUGAGGAUCCUACAGCAGCAGCAGCAGCAGAGAUGGUCAGUAGGCAGCUUUCAGAAGCAGGGCGUUUUGCGUAUGCUGCUCUGUGUGCAGUGUCCUUGGGUCAGCUGUUUGGAGAGCCUGGACACAGUGCCUUCAGGGAGCCAUACCUGCAGGGCCUGGUGCGGUGGCUGGCCUUGGACGACUCGGUCUUACCUGUAAUGAGGGCUUUCCUCUCUGGGCUUGGCUGUGAGGGCUCGGACACCUUCCUCUCCAUCCUACAGGCUGAACCACUGCUUUCUACUGGGGCUGCCUCCAUCAUCCAGGACCUGGUGUCUUUUUCAGUUAAAGAUGGCCAGUAUGAUGCCAGAUCACGAGUUCUGAUCCGUCAUGUCAGCUGCCUCCUCAGAGUGUCUCCACAGCAGCUCGAGGAGUUCGAGGAAACACUGGGAGAGAGGCUGAGGGAGGCCAAGGAGGAGACGGAAGAGGAGUCCUCUCGGCGGAAGAAGAAGGAAAGGGGUCGCAAAUUGCGCCGCUACCUCCUAAUUGGACUGGCAACUGUGGGAGGAGGAACCGUGAUCGGUGUGACAGGUGGACUGGCGGCCCCUCUGGUGGCGGCUGGGGCAGGAGCAGUGCUGGGGGCCGGAGGAGCUGCUGCUCUGGGAUCAGCCACUGGCAUCGCCAUAAUAGCCUCUCUGUUUGGGGCCGCAGGGGCUGGACUCACAGGCUAUAAGAUGAAUAAAUGUGUUGGAGCCAUUGAGGAGUUUGAAUUCAGGCCAAUGAGUUCUGGAAAGCAUCUGCACCUCACUAUAGCUGUUACUGGAUGGCUCUGCAAUGGGAAAUACAAUUCAUUCCAGGCCCCUUGGUGCCGGCUGGGGGAUUGUGGGGAGCAGUAUUGCCUGGUGUGGGAGUCACGUUUUCUCAGAGACCUGGGUUCAGCCAUGACCUCCCUGCUGGAUGGCCUGGUCAGCAUGGUGGCGCAGGAAGCACUCAAAUACACUGUCCUCUCAGGCAUAGUGACCGCACUCACAUGGCCAGCCUCUCUCUUAGCUGCAGCCAGUGUGAUUGACAACCCGUGGUGUGUGUGUUUGAGCCGCUCUGCUGAGGUGGGAAAGCACUUGGCACAGGUUCUGAGGAGCAGGCAGCAGGUCCGACAAAAAGCUUCAGGGAAGCGUCCUGUCAGCCUGAUUGGCUUCAGCCUCGGAGCCAGAGUUAUUUACUUCUGUCUGCAAGAGCUUGCAAAUGAACAAGACAGUGAAGGGAUGGUGGAGGACGUGGUCUUACUGGGAGCUCCUGUGGAGGGCUCUGAAAAAGCAUGGAAGAAAAUGACGAGAGUUGUGGCUGGAAAAAUUGUUAAUGGAUACUGCAGAGGAGAUUGGCUCUUAGGGUUCCUGUACAGAAGCUCUUCCGCUCAACUAUCUGUUGCCGGGUUACAGCCAAUCAAUGUGCAGGAUCGGCGCAUAAUCAAUGUAGAUCUGUCUUCUGUGGUCAAAGGCCACUUAGACUACAUGCGUCAGAUGGACACGAUCCUGGUGGCAGUGGGAGUGCCAACAAAUGAAGUCCAAGGAACCUCUGUCAGUCUAUUGUCUGAGUCUGUGGCCCUUCAAAAUGGGACAGUGAAUUUAUCAGACCCGACAUCAAGGGAGCACCAGACUCCUCAUGAGGACAUCCAAGAGGCAGAGGAACAAGCCACAGACGGCUGGGAUAUCCCUGAUAUUUCGGACUUGCUGGACACAUUAAGUGAAAGUGAAGCAGAGAACAGUGAAAUCACAGUGCCACUUUCUUCUCAGGACGAUGCUUCAGUCUGUGACACUGUUCCCGAUGGGCACAGCGCAGAGGAGGCUGAUAGUGAGCACAUAUCCUGGAGCUGGGAUGAUACACAGUGGAUCACAGAACAUACACUUGAACAGAAGAGGCCACACUUGUAA